GCGAAGCUUGCAAGCCAGCUCGGAGCUGCAGCCGGCCAGCACAACGUUCCACGGGCUGGCCACGCGCGUGCCCUGCCACUCGAGUCACGUGCCGGUCACCGUGCGCGCGCCGCCGCCGCGGCUGCUGCUGUUCCAGUGGUGGAGCCAAGCCAAGGAGAGAGGGAUAGACAGGCAGCUCCGCUCACUCCCUCUCACCGCAAAAACAAAAGCCCCGCUCCCUGAGCUACACUACUUCAACGGGGAGGGAAGCCGCGUCUUUCUUGGGUUCGCCCGACACAACAAGGCGCAAGAAGUGCAGCAGCUGAAAACAUCGGAAAACCCAGCAGAACACUGCUCAUCGGUUCAAAUUUAGCAAGCUCCACAAGAUUGAAAUCAGAUGCAGUGCUGAUGUGUACAAUGAAUUACUCACAAAGACCAUUGAUCAAGUUGCUGUGAACAAGGCCACAGAAAACUGUUGGACAUCAGUAAACUACCAUCUUCAACUCCACUGCAAACUACGCUUACUGGUGACACCAUCCAUCUGCCUCGGGUUGAAUCUGCUUCCCACAAUCUCUCCGUCCCUUGCUGGGCUCUUAUACCUUCACCGCCUUUUGUACUGAUACCUGCUGGGUCUGGAUUGGAAUAUGCCAUCUGAAAUGUGCCUCAGCAUUCAAGAGAUGCUGACAGGUCACAGGCUCUGCCAAUCGAAGUCUCAUAAGGAUGCUGUUCUAGCAGCUCUGAACCAGCAAAGGAAUGAUGGGAUACUAUGCGAUGUCAUUCUGGUUGCUGAGGAACAAAAAUUCCAUGCCCACAAAGCAGUGCUGGCAGCUUGCAGUGAUUAUUUCCGAGCCAUGUUUAGCCUCUGUAUGGUGGAGAGUGUGGCUGAAGAGGUGAGCCUACAUGGAGUGACCAGCCUGGGUCUGAAACAAGCUCUCGAUUUUGCAUAUACAGGCCAGAUCUCACUGGAACCAGGUGUAGUUCAAGAUGUGCUUGCAGCAGGAAGUCACCUUCAAUUACUGGAGCUGUUGAAACUGUGUUCCCACUAUCUCAUCCAGGAACUGACUAGUUUCAAUUACCUGGAUUUAUACAAACUUGCUGACCUAUUUAACCUUACCCUGCUGGAGGAAGCAGUGGUUAAUUUCCUGGUCAAACACCUUUCGGAACUGCUGAAGAACCACCCUGAGAAGGUUAUGGCACUCCCUUACCGGCUCCUGCGAGAAGUUCUGAAGAGUGACCGUCUGACAUCGCUAAGUGAGGAGCAAAUCUGGCAGUUGGCAGUCAGGUGGUUGGAAAAUGGCUGUCGAUAUCAGUAUCUGGAUGAGCUCUUACAAUAUGUACGCUUUGGUUUGAUGAACGUUGACACACUACAUGCUGUAGCCCUGUCCCACCCUCUGGUUCAGGCCAGUGAAACUGUCACAGCUUUCAUAACUGAAUCCUUGGAGUACCACCAGAGCAUCUAUGCACAGCCCAUAUGGCAAACUAUCAGGACACGACCUCGCUUUCAGUCAGAAACACUUUAUAUUGUAGGUGGUAAGAAACGCGAGAUUUGCAAAGUGAGAGACCUGCGUUACUUUAAUCCAGUGAACCAGGAGAAUGUUCACAUAGCGAGGGUUUCAAACUGGAGUGAGCUGUCUCCGAUGCCUGUGGGAAGAAGUCAUCAUUGUGUGGCUGUCAUGGGAGACUUCCUUUUUGUAGCAGGUGGAGAGGUGGAACAUGCAACAGGUCGCACCUGUGCAGUGAGGACUGCAUGCCGUUACGAUCCUCGCAGUAACACUUGGACAGAAAUAGCUCCCAUGAAAAACUGCCGCGAGCAUUUUGUACUUGGAACCUUGGAUGAAUAUCUAUAUGCAGUGGGUGGGAGGAAUGAACUGCGACAGGUUUUGCCUACUGUCGAGAGAUACUGUACAAAGAAGAACAAGUGGUCUUUUGUACAGUCCUUUGAUAGAUCACUCUCCUGCCAUGCAGGAUGUAUGGCUGAUGGGCUCCUUUGGAUAUCAGGUGGAGUGACCAACACUGCUCAGUACCAGAACAGACUUAUGGUGUAUGAUCCAAGUCAGAAUAAAUGGAUCAGCCGCAGUCCAAUGUUACAGAGGCGAGUAUAUCAUGUAAUGGCAGCUGUCAAGAGAAAACUUUAUGUUCUUGGAGGAAAUGACUUGGACUACAACAAUGAUCGGAUUUUAGUUCGUCAAAUUGACUCUUACAACAUCGACACCGACCAGUGGGUACGCUGCCAUUUCAACUUACUCACAGGCCAAAAUGAAUCUGGUGUAGCUGUGCACAAUGGAAGAAUUUAUCUCGUCGGUGGGUAUUCCAUCUGGACCAAUGAGCCAUUAGCAUGUAUCCAGGUUCUGGAUGUCAGUACAGAAGGCAAGGAAGAAGUGUUUUAUGGUCCAACGCUACCAUUUGCUUCCAAUGGAAUAGCAGGAUGUUUUCUCCCAGCCCCUUAUUUUACUUGCCCUAAUCUUCAGACACUGCAAGUGCCUCACCACAGGAUAGGUGCUGUAUGAGAGCAUAGAACUUAUAGGAUCUAUGUAUAAUGUGAAUGGAUGUGAUUAUAGGUGAC